AUGGGCUUAGUCGGCAGUGAUCUCAAGGAUGAGGACGGGACCGAGAAGGGGAGUACCCUCGUCACGACGCGCAGCAGAAUACGCCGCAGACACCACGAGAUCCGAACCAAGGUCGACGCCCGAGUACUAGAUUUCUACCAGAAGUACGUGAUCGAGGGCCUUCUGCGACAGAAGCCUCUCCAACCGUCCAAGGAUGGUCGCCAUGUCCCACUGCAAAUCGAGGACGAAACGCCCCUGAUCGACGAGCGUCGCGGCCAUGAAUUCAUAUCCAACACGAUCCGGACCUCGCGCUACAAUGUUUGGAACUUCCUACCCAAGCAGUUGAUAUUUCAAUUCACGCGAUUGGCAAACUUCUAUUUUCUUUGCGUCGGCAUCCCUCAGACCAUACCGGGGCUGAGUACUACUGGAAGUUACACUACUAUUUUGCCUCUGCUCUUCUUCGUUUGCUUGACCAUCUUCAAGGAGGGCUACGAUGAUUACAAGAGGCACAGGCUGGACAAGCUGGAAAAUGCCAAUAUUACCACUGUUCUCGGGAAACCUCGGCCCCAAGCCACUCCGAUUGUCAAAUCACGAAAAUGGUUCGGUUUGCGCCGAGCUGCUCCGAAAGAGCCAGCAGCUCCCCUCAUUGUCGAGGAGGACGAAUUCGAAACCGGCGACCAGACCGGCGAUCUACAAUGGAACAGGGUCUACUGGAGGGAUGUGAAAGUUGGCGACAUCGUAAAACUCGCUCGAGAUGAGGACGUGCCCGCCGAUCUGGUUCUGUUCAACUCGUCCGGAGAGAACGGUAUCGCUUACGUGGACACGAUGGCGCUGGAUGGCGAGACAAACUUGAAGAGCAAGGAAUCGCUUUCGGCAUUCAAAGACUGCUGUUCGAUAUCUGCACUCCGAUCUUGUCAGGCCGAGUUCGUGCUUGAAGACCCAAACCCGGAUUUGUAUCGUUUCGACGGCAAGGUCACGGUUGGCGAAAAGACACUACCAUUGACACUGAAUGAGGUUAUCUACCGUGGUAGCACGAUCCGGAACACCAAACGCGCUUUGGGAGUGGUUAUAAACACCGGCGAAGAGUGCAAGUUACGAAUGAAUGCCAAUCAACACCCCAAGGCUAAGAAACCAGCUCUGGAACAGGUCACGGACCGCAUUGUCAUCACUUUGGCUUUCUACGUUAUUGUCUUGUCUGUCGGCUGUUCCAUGGGUUAUAUCGUUUGGCGCCGGGCGACAGAGUCGAACUCGUGGUACCUUCAGGACGCCACGGUCGCUUUCAAGGAGAUUAUCAUCGGCUUUGCAAUCCAGUUCAACAACGUCAUCCCACUUGCGCUAUAUGUCAGCUUGGAAAUUGUUAAGCUAGGACAGAUGUGGAUGCUGAAUGGCGAUGUAGAGAUGUACGACGAAGCUACUGAUACUCCAGCCAGGUGCAACACCAACACCAUUCUUGAAAAUCUGGGUCAAGUCACGCAUAUCUUCUCGGACAAGACCGGAACGCUCACAGAAAAUGUCAUGAAAUUUCGCAAGCUCAGUAUUGCCGGCACUUCAUGGCUGCACGAAAUGGACUUGCACACUGAAGAGUCGACUGCCGAUGACGUUGGCGUCAAGAUGACUACAGUAGACACCAUGCCACGGAAGUCAAGAGAGGUCACACGAGCCAUCCCGGAAGAUUAUGAACCAUCUUUAGCCUCUCCCGUCACUAUUACUGUUACCUCUCCCAUGGAACAUACACUCAGCAGGAUUUCUACCAGUCGUAAUCGCAGAUCAUCUUCACAGUGGAGAUCGACUGGUCGUCCCGAUCGUCAACAACCGGAUGUUACCACAUAUGAUUUACUAGAUUUCAUCAGACUUCGGCCCGCUGCACCAUUUGCAAGGAAGGCUCGUGAUUACAUCCUGAGUUUAGCCCUGUGCCACACCUGUCUACCAGAGAUUGGUGAGGAUGGCCAGAUUGAUUACCAGGCAUCUUCUCCGGACGAACUUGCACUUGUACGCGCGGCUCAGGAACUCGGCUAUCUGGUCAUACAUAGGUCGUCUCAGACUGUUACACUAAAGAUUACUUCAGCGGAUGGUGACGAGCGGACUGAAGUCUAUGAGAUCCUGGAUGUCAUCGAAUUCAGCAGCAAACGCAAGCGCAUGUCAAUUAUUGUUCGGUUCCCCGACGGGAGGGUCUGUCUUAUCUGCAAAGGAGCCGAUUCUAUGAUUCUUCCACGACUGAAGCUAGCCAACCUCGCUAUGAAAAAGGUCAGCGAGGUUCGCAAGAGUGCCGAACUGGAACACGAGAUGUUGCGCAGAAGCGAGCAAUUGGAGCCGCGCAACAGUUUUGGCGGCCGCCCAAGCCUUACUCUAGCCCGGCGGAGUAUGAGCGGCCAAGCACAGGCUGAAUCAUCAAACAAGCGGCCAGCGAUCGAACGGAGCAGGUCGGUCGAGGCCUUGAAUAUGCGACGUUCCCAGGACAGACCAAGGCCAUCCAUGGGUGUUCGUACAGUAUCCUUCGACAUCACCAAAACGCUCUCAACACCCGGCCCGUUGCCGCCACCAUCACCGGUAGAUGAUAGGUUCGACUUCCUUGAUGACCCUGCGAUUAACGAUGAUUCCAUUGUCUUCACAAAGUGUUUCAAGCACUUGGACGAAUUUGCAAGUGAAGGUCUCAGAACUCUCCUGUUUGCACGGAAAUUCAUUUCCGAGAAGGAAUACCGUGGGUGGAAGAAGAUAUACAACAAUGCCACAACAAGCCUCGUCAACCGCCAAGAAAUGAUUGAAACAGCUGGCGAGAUGAUUGAACAGUCAUUGGACCUUGUCGGUGCCACUGCUAUCGAGGAUAAGCUUCAAGUCGGAGUACCGGAGACAAUCGAGAAGCUGCGCCGUGCAAACAUCAAGAUAUGGAUGCUUACUGGUGAUAAACGAGAGACAGCCAUCAACAUUGCUCAUUCAGCGCGCAUAUGUCGCCCUGGCUCCGAUAUCUUCAUUCUCGACUCCUCGAAAGGCGGACUCCAGGCGCAAAUUCUCGGUAUCGCAGAGGAAAUCCAAGCCGGCUGCUUGCACAGCGUCGUGGUUAUCGACGGUCACACUUUAGGGGAAGUCGAGCAGUCGCCAAACUUGAAAGCGUUGUUCUACACCCUGAUCCCAACCAUCGACUCUGUUAUAUGUUGUCGAGCUUCUCCAGCACAGAAGGCAUCAAUCGUUAAAGCGAUCCGUAGCCGGUUGCCGAAUGCGCUUACACUUGCCAUUGGCGACGGUGCCAAUGACCUAGCCAUGAUCUCUGCGUCCCAUGUCGGUGUUGGUAUCUCAGGAAAGGAAGGACUACAGGCCGCUCGCGUCGCCGACUAUGCUAUUGCACAAUUCCGUUUCCUUCAACGCCUCCUUCUUGUUCAUGGUAGGUGGAAUUAUAUUCGCACAGCCAAGUUCGUGCUUGCAACUUUUUGGAAGGAAAUGUUCUUCUACCUACCUACAGCGUUGUAUCAACGAUACAACGGCUACACUGGUACAUCUCUGUACGAAAGCGCAAGUUUGACUGUUUUCAAUACACUUUUCACAUCACUGGCUGUUAUCAUUCCUGGCAUCUGGGAACAGGAUCUCAGCGCACAAACCUUAUUAGCGGUUCCCGAACUAUACGUCUACGGUCAACGAAAUAUGGGCCUCAAUGUGAGGAAAUAUCUGAUCUGGAUGAUCGCCGCCGCGAGUGAAGGCGUAGGCGUCUGGUUCGCAGUGUGGGCGGGCUAUGGUGGCGUUUUUGGCGUGGUGAAAGACGAGAACUUGUAUCCCGUGGGACAGCUCGCCUUCUCGGUCAACGUUCUGUGGAUCAAUUAUAAGCUCUUCACAUAUGCCGUUCGCAACGGUUUUACAAAGACUUUUGGCGGAGACUCGAUAUGGUGGCUUACGCUCAUUAUUAUCCUUGCUAUGCUGAUAUGUAUUGAGCUUGGUUUCAAAGCGAUCAAACGUAACUUGAUCGUUGGCGGGCUGUGGCAGUGGCCGCCCUGGCAAAGGAGGGCUGCCGGCGGGGCUGCCGAGGAGUGGCACCUGGAGCUCUGGCAGGAGCUGGAGCAAGAUCCUCUCAUGAAAGAGAGGCUGAGGCAGGAGAUUGACGGCAGAGACGAAGAACUUGGUAUAGAAGAACUCGGGGACGCGGAGGAGAUUGUCCAUGUCGAUAUGCACAGGGUUUCCUAA